UGCUGUGUGGAGAGGCCAGGGAGAUGGAUGUGAUGUGUAGGGAGUGGCAGUUUCAGUGAGUGGUAGGGGAUGGAGGGAGGUGGGGUGCAUUAGAAGUAUGCAUGUUGCGAGGACUAUAUACCAGAAGCCCCAGCAUCCUGUUACUGGGACUUGAGGUAGACCAGAGAUGCAAAUUUGGUUAUGACUGGAAAGCACAAUCUUAGGGAUCCGGGUGAAUUGACUCACAGGAGAGGGCAGGACACUGCUUUCCAGACCCAGUGCUUUCAUGUCCUCAGUCUCUCCAUCGCAUUGGCCUCUUACAGGCUCCGAAUGGGUGCAGGGAUCAGUGGCACAUGAGCAGAGAGUGGAAAGCAGUGGCCCAGGGCCUGGGAUCACUACUGACUUGGGGGACUGGGGAAGAGGGUGUGCAAGGGGUGCAUGUUUGGGGAGUGCUUGGACUGUGGGGCAGGAAGCUGCACAUCACCUCACGUGUCCCCAUCGUGGCAGGGCCAUGUGACCUUUGAGGACGUGGCCGUGUACUUCUCCCAGGAGGAGUGGGGGCUCCUUGAUGAGGCGCAGCGAUGCCUGUACCGCGAUGUGAUGCUGGAGAACUUUGCACUUACGGCCUCCCUGGGACCUGCAUCUCCCAGGACCCAUGAACUUACCCAGCUGGAGUGGCGGAGGGAGCCCUGGUUGCCUGACCAAGGGGCUGUGACUCCAGCCUCCUCAAGAGGUUAUUGGCUUGGAGUGGAGGCUGAGGAGGCUCAUUUUGAACUGAAUGUUUCUUCAGAAGGAGGGUCACAGAUCAGGAAUCCCAAGACAGGUCCACCCACCCACAAGGGCCAACUUGGUGCAACGUGUGGCCCUGUCUUUGAAGAUAAUUUACAAGUGGCUGUGCAUCAGGGAGCCCAUCUUGGGCAGAACCCAUACACAUAUGGGGCAUGUGGGAAACAGUUCAGCACAAACCUGCACCAGCACCAGAAACUACAUACUGGAGAGAACCCUUUCAGAAGAGAAGAAGGCAGGGUCUCUAUUAUGAAGAGCCAUAGGAUUCACCAAUGUGGGGAGGAUGGGAAGGACUUCCCAACCAGCUCAGGUCUUGAGCAUCAUGUGACUCACAGUGGGGGAGAGCCUCACAGGAGCACAGAGUAUGGGGAGGUCUUUCGCAGUGGAAAAAGACAUUACAAAUGCAGUGAAUGUGGAAAAGUUUUCAAUAAAAAACGCUUACUUGUUCAGCACCAGACACUACACCCUGGAAAAAUGUCUUUUGGGUGCAGUGAAUGUGGGAAAACCUUUAGCCGAAACUCCAACCUCAUUCAACACCAGAGAGUUCACACUGGAGAAAAGCCUUUUGUUUGCAGCGAAUGUGGAAAAGCCUUCACUCAGAAGUACUUACUUGUUCAGCACCAGAGAGUUCACACUGGAGAAAAGCCUUUUGAAUGCAGUGAAUGUGGGAAAUUAUUUAGUCAUAAAUCCAACAUUUUUAUACAUCAGAUAGUACACACUGGGGAAAGGCCGUAUAGGUGCAGCGAAUGUGGGAAAUCCUUUAUCCGCAAUGCUGACCUUAUUCAACACCAGAGAAUUCACACUGGAGAAAAGCCUUUUACGUGCAGUGAAUGUGGGAAAGCCUUCAGGCAUAAUUCCACAUUUCGUAAGCAUCAGAGAGUUCACACUGGAGAAAGGCCUUAUGAAUGCAGUGAAUGUGGAAAAUUCUUCAGCCACAAGUCUAGCCUCAUUAUUCAUUGGAGAGUUCACACUGGAGAAAAGCCUUAUGAGUGCAGCGAAUGUGGGAAAUUCUUUAGCCAAAGCUCUAGCCUUAUUCAACACCGGAAAGUUCACACUGGAGAAAAGCCUUUUAUGUGCAGUGAAUGUGGAAGGUGCUUUAGAGAAAAUUCUAGCCUCAUUAAACAUAUGAGAGUUCACACUGGAGCAAUGCCAUAUGAAUGCAGUGAAUGUGGCAAAUUUUUUCGUCACAACUCCAGCCUCGUUCUGCAUCUGAGGUUUCACCCUUGAGAAAUGCCUUAUGAGUGCAGCAAUGUGGGGGAUUUUUUAGCCAGUGGUUGAACCUUAUUCUUACAAUACCAGGGAGUCACAAUGGAGAGAAGCCUUUUGCUUACAGCCAGUGUGGGAAAUUCUUAGCAACAACUGCAUACUUAAUGAACUCCAGAGGAUUUGUACUGGAGAAAUGCAUUAACAUAUUGAAUGUGGGUAAUUUUAUACAUACAUCCCACCUCCUUCAACACCAGAGUCUUCGCGCUGCAGAAAGGACCUGUGAGUGCAGUGAAUGUUGGUGAAUCAUUUAUAAAAUGGUCCCAUCUCAUCUGGUACCAACAACUUCUCAACAGAGAAUCGCCUAAGGAAUUCAGCAAAAGGGGAAAGGCCUUCAGCCAAAGGUCUUUUUUGAUUCGUCAACAGAACCUUCACAAUCCAUGUAGAUGUUAUGAUUUCAUUGAAUGUGGGGAAGAGCUUCAGUCCAAGGCACACCCUUGUUUGGCACCAGAAAUUUCAGACUGUAGAAAGACCUCGAAAGUGCCGGGAAUGUGUGACUCCUUGUUUAGCAUAAACCGAUUUUCAACCGAGAUAGGCUCUGAGAGUAGCCUUCAUGAGGGAGCCGUCAGUUGAACUUCAUUUACCCCAAAUCGGUACCCUAGGAAGAUUUCCUGAGUUCUAGGUCUGAUGGAAACUGCCUAGUAUAUUGCAUGUCCUCACCUCUCCAAGGACUUUACCUGAGUUAUCUCAGUGCCAGGGCUGGAAGCAGCAGUCAUCUCAACCCUCCCAGCUGGCUGGUCCCCACAUUGUGCAUCAUUCCCCGCAAAGAGCUUUGAAAACGCAGGCCUGUGCUCUCCAGUCCUUUGAGGGAAUCGGGAAUACCCUGAACCCACUGAACAUUCUCAUUCUCUUCCCCUCAGUGUAUGUAUUUGUCUCAGUUAUGUUUCUCUGUUCCUCCUUUACUGUUUUUUUUUUUUUUACAUUAAGUGAAUAUUUAAGUGUACCAUUUUAAUUUCUUCCAUAAUUUUCCAUAUAUAUAUAUGUUAUAUCUUUAGCGAUUGCUGUAGGCUUUACCAUGUACAUCUUAAGUUAUCAGAAUCACCUUGAGAAUUAUGCUAAUUUAAUUCCACUGAGAUAAACAUUACUUUUAUUUUUAUUUAUUUGUUUAGUGAUUGGCUGGAUUAUAUUAGUGACAUCCAACUUCCCAACUCCCCAUUCUCCUCACCCCCAGUGUUAAAGCCUUUGAAGUUGCCCCUCAGAGAGUGGCCUUGGGUAGUCCCACAGCCAUUCUGGGAUGACAGUGGUUUCCACUAAUCACUGGUUAAUUGAUCUACUGUUUUCAUCAAUGCGCUAGGGCAUAAAUUGAUCCACAAACCAAUCGGAUCAAAGUUGGUCACCUUUGAAGGGAUAGUUCUCUAGGUCAGUGUUUGAGGUUUGUCCUGACCUCUUCCCAGCCCCAGUUCUCUCUGGCAGGAUAGCCAUCUACACAUUGACUCCCAGUUGCCAUUCACCGCAACUAGGCUGGUUUUGAGUGUCAUUAUACUUGAUUGUCCACACUGUUGCAAAUGAAGUCAUUUCCUUUGGGAAGAGAUCUGUGUUACAGCCUUCUUCCCCCAGACAGAAUCUUUGAAUCACUUCUCUGGAGCUGUGAUUUCAGGUAGUACUGUGCUGGCUUCCCUGAGUGACAUCCAGAUUUAGGAGCUGAGCAGUGGGGCCCAGUGUCGUGUGGAUCUUAGCAUCUGUUCUCCUCAGCUUGCCUCUCCUGGAGGGGAACCACCACCUAAGAGCCAGGGCAGAGGUGAUCAGGGUUUCCAGUGUUCUCAGUGGUGCUGCGCCCAAGUUAGAGGCUCUCCCUCCAGUGGGGGUUGAGUGGAACAAGGAAGCCGGCACCCCUUGUCUGCACUUAUUUGGAACAUAUCCUAAGCAGCCAUCAGUUGGGGCAGGAUGAGAAUUUCUGACAGAAUGUCCCUUCUGGGAAGAUAGGCCUCUGGGAGGUGGGAAGAGGGAG